CCUCUGUCAGACCUGGUCGGUUGGGAAAUAUUCAGAGGUGCGCCCAUUCUCGCUGUUUUGCUCUGUCAGACCUGGUUGAUCAGCAUUUAACCAGAGGUCAGCCUUGCGUCGCUCUUUUCCUCUGUCAGAUCGGGUCGGUCGGGAAAUAAUCAGAGGUCCGCCCAUUCUCGCUGUUCUGCUCUGUCAGAUCUGGUUCCUGGUUGUUCAGGAAAUAACCAGAGGUCCGCCUCGUCUAGCUGUUUUACUCUAUCAGACCUGGUUGGUCUGGGUAUAAGGAGAAAUCUACCCAUCCUCGCUGUUUUACUCUGUCAGAGCUGAUUAGUCAAGAAACACCAGAGGGAGUCUGACACAACUACUGAUGAUGGCAAAAAGUCUUAACGUGUCCGACAGAUUAACCCAACAAAGGAUAGGCAGACCAAAACAAUCGAUAUCAAAUUUGGUAUCACACAGGGAGCGCAGUAUUUGUUCUGAACGCUCUUUGCGAGUCAUAGCCAGAGUGGGCCAAGGUGUAAAUGUUGCUGUUGACAGAUUCGUGACAGUUGGAGAAAGUAUUGCGAGCGACAUCCCUGAACUGAGAGAUGACAUGUUCAGAGCAUGCAACGAUGCAAGAGCAGCAGGCAGCGCCAUAGAAAAGCUGUGCGAAUCGGCAGGAGAAGACUGCAUGCGUGACAGGGCGGCAGUGGCUCGCGCGGCAAAAUCAUUACUGGCUUCUGUAACCAGGGUGUUAUUGCUUGCUGAUGUUGUCGUAGUCAAACAAUUGCUUCUUGCCAAAGAUAAGGUCAUAAGAAGCCUUGGUAGACUAGAAGGAGUUUCCAAUUUUACCGAAUUUGUCAAAGCGUUUUCCCAGUUUGGCCAAGAAAUGGUCGAACUCGCUCACUUGACAGGAGAUAGACAAAACGAUAUGAAGGACGAACGAAGGCGAGCACAAAUGAUGGCCGCAAGGCAGGUUUUGGAAAGGUCGACACUAUUGCUCCUAACUAGUUCUAAGACGUGCUUAAGGCACCCGGAUAGUUCGGCGUGCAGGGAGAAUAGAGAUACAGUCUUCUGCCAAAUGAGGCGUGCGAUGGACUUGAUACAUUUUGUCGUAAAAGACGGUGUUUUUGAAGGGGAGAUCACAGAAGAUUGGGACGCUGGAAAAACCGUGCUGUCUGCUAUUAGGCAGUUUGAAAAUUUGGUCGAGAUGACAAGACUAACAUAUGUCACAAUACAAACGAAGGAAUCGCUUUCAAGUGCUAUCGACACUAUAAUCGAGAGGACUCAAGAUUUCACAGAUUCGGCUUAUACUAGUCAUGAACACCGUGAAAAUAUUCUUCUGCUAUGUGAUAGAGUAAGAAUUCAACUAAGCACACUAUUAAGAGUUGGUGUAAGUUUGGAGGAAACUGAAGGGUAUUCUCCGACUGAAGAAUUAGAAUGUGCAAUUCAAAACUGCCUGUCAGCAUCAAAGGACCUACAUAAUCAAUUGAUCUGCACGACAAGAGAGCAGACGUUGGAUUUACCAAAUAUUACUAAAAGCGGGGCACAAUUAGUGAACUUCAUAACCAAUUCAGCGUUGGCGUGCGAUGAGAUUCGAACACAGCACAGCUCGCAAUGUUUCUCCCAACACAUUGAACAUAUUGUCGAGAUGUGCAAAUUAUUGAGGCAUAUCGCGUCAACUGAAACGUUACAAGUUUCUGCUCGUUAUACUGAAAUCAACAUACGAAUAUACGGCCCACAGAUUGCACUCGCUGCAACAACUUUAACGCAGCAUCCUACAAGCAAGAUUGCAAAAGAGAAUCUAGAAGUGUUCACAGAUAUGUGGCAUUCUUUAAUGAGUGAUGUUACAACCAUCUGUAAAGAUAUAAUGGAAGCAGGGCAAAUACCAGAGAAACAGAUGUAUAUGUCCCUUCCUCGGCCUGGUAAACAUGGAACAACGAGCAAACCUUUAAAAGCGGUGCGCCUGGAUGUUGAUGAACAAGAGAAGAUUGCAAAACCUGGUUUGGAAAUGAAACUUGCCAGUUCAGAGGUAGACGCAGAAACGGAAAGGUGGCAAGAUGCUCCGAAUGGAACCAUAGACGAAAACAACGAUAUCGUGAAAAGGGCUAAAAACAUGUCACGUAUGGCUGUCAGCAUGUACCAAUUUACAAAAGGAAGUGGUUCCCUCAAAACAACACAAGAUUUGUUCACGCAAGCUGAAUACUUCGCUGAAGAAGCCAAUAGACUGUAUAAAAUAGUGCGACAGUUUUCCUAUCAGGUACCAGCUGGAGCGCAUAAAAAGGAAUUGUUAGAACAAUUGGAUCGCGUUCCGACCCAUGUUCAGCAGCUGCAGUUUACGGUUAAAAACCCAACUGUCGGUAAAGCGGCCACUUUCACAAAAGUUGACACAGUUAUUCAUGAAACAAAAAAUCUGAUGAGUGUCAUAUCGAAAGUAGUCACUACAUGCUUUGUAUGCGCCACCAAAUACACGCUAGACUUACAAGGGGUUGGUUGGAAUGGUUCUGGUGGUGGAAGUGGUCGAGAAGAGGGAGGCUCACGAGCAGGCGGAGACCAAAGCAAAGGUGGUUCCAGUUCCAGCUCUGAUCCAGGCAUGUGACAGUUUGGGAUGGGCCGAAGGGCCAAAGGCGAUCCCAGACGUACCAGAGUAUCUUUCCUCCUAUUUUAGUUCAAUUUUGGCAAAAUACAAACAAUUUAAUUGGAAAUUCAUUAUUUGAAGUUUAAAAUUUUCACUCCACUAGAUGAAUUACUUUGUUUUGCGUAAUGUUGAAGACUUAAAUAGAUGGUUACCAUAUCUAUAAACUGGCCGAUUAAAUAAAAUUUGAAAAUAUGAAAAUUUAAUUUUAUCGGUCAUAGUGGGCCCAGUUCUUCAGACAUUUGAUUCUUAUUAUUUUGUUUGUGCUUUUUUUUUUACUUAGUAAGUAAUAUUAAAAUAAAAAUAAUCUAAGGUAACAU